AUGUAUGUACAGGCUGCUCAACUCACUUAUUUUGUUGGAUCUCAUGUUUGGGUUGAGGACCCUGAUGAAGCUUGGCUAGAUGGAGAAAUCCUCGAAUCUAAAGAUAAUGAGAUCACCAUUAGCUUUGAAUCGGGAACAAAGGUUGUUAGCAAAUCAGCUAAUAUUUACCCGAAAGAUCCUGAGUUUCCACCUAACGGUGUGGAAGAUAUGACAAGACUUGCAUAUCUGCAUGAACCGGGAGUACUUCAAAAUUUGCAAAUUCGUUAUACCCUCAAUGAUAUAUAUACAUACACAGGAAACAUAUUGAUAGCAGUGAACCCUUUUCAAAGGUUACCUCAUUUGUAUGCAACUAGUACAAUGGCAAAGUAUAAAGGCGCGGCUUUUGGUGAGCAGAGUCCACAUCCUUUUGCAAUUGCAGGUUAUGCAUAUAGGAAGAUGAUAAAUGAAGAAAAAAGCCAAGCAAUUUUGGUUAGUGGAGAAAGUGGAGCUGGUAAAACAGAAAGUACAAAGAUGCUUAUGCAUUAUCUUGCCUAUUUGGGAGGGAGAGCAGCAACCGAGGGACGGUCUGUGGAGCAACAAGUUCUUGAGUCCAAUCCUGUUUUAGAAGCAUUUGGGAAUGCAAAGACAGUUAGGAAUAAUAAUUCAAGUCGUUUUGGUAAGUUUGUGGAGAUUCAGUUUGAUCAAAAGGGGAGAAUUUCAGGAGCUGCUAUCAGAACUUAUUUGCUAGAACGAUCACGUGUUUGUCAAGUUUCUGAUCCCGAGAGAAAUUAUCAUUGCUUUUAUAUGCUUUGUGCUGCACCAAAAGAGGAUGUUGAACGGUUCAAAGUGGGAAAUCCAAGAACCUUUCAUUAUCUUAAUCAAUCAAAUUGCUAUGAACUGGAUACAUUGGAUGACUCAAAGGAGUACCUUGAUACUAGGAGAGCCAUGGAAGUUGUUGGAAUUAGCGCUGAUGAAACAGAUGCUAUAUUUCGAAUAGUAGCUGCUGUACUUCAUUUAGGAAACAUUGAAUUUGUUAAGGCAAUGGAUGAAGGGAUGGAUUCCUCUAAGCCUAAAGAUGAAAAAUCUUAUUUCCACCUAAAAACCGCAGCAGAGCUUUUGAUGUGCGAUGAAAAGUCCCUUGAAGACUCUUUUUGCAAACGCCUUAUGGUGACUCGUGGUGAGGCUAUAACAAAGUGCCUUGAUCCAAAUUCUGCAGCUCUCAGUCGAGAUGCAUUGGCUAAAAUUGUUUAUUCAAGGCUUUUUGACUGGAUUGUGGACAAGAUUAACAACUCUAUUGGACAAGAUCCAACUUCGAAGAACUUAAUUGGAGUUCUAGAUAUAUACGGAUUCGAGAGUUUCAAGACAAACAGCUUCGAGCAAUUUUGUAUCAAUUUGACAAAUGAGAAGUUACAGCAACAUUUCAACCAGCAUGUUUUCAAAAUGGAGCAAGAGGAAUAUACAAAGGAAGAAAUUGAUUGGAGUUAUAUAGAGUUCGUCGAUAAUCAAGACGUUCUUGAUCUUAUUGAGAAGAAACCCGGCGGUGUUAUUGCUCUUCUAGAUGAGGCUUGUAUGUUUCCAAGAUCAACGCAUGAAACAUUUGCUGAAAAGCUAUAUCAAACACUUAAGGACAAUAAGCGAUUCAGCAAACCAAAGUUGUCGCGAACUGACUUCACCAUCAAUCACUAUGCUGGUGAUGUCACUUAUCAAACUGAUCUUUUCCUUGAUAAAAACAAAGACUAUGUUGUUCCGGAACACGCUGCGCUGCUCUGUGCUUCCAAGUGCUCCUUUGUUUCAGGACUUUUCCCGCCUUUACACGAGGAAACUACUAAAUCAACAAAGUUUUCUUCUAUAGCCACUCAGUUUAAGCAACAACUGCAAUCUUUGCUUGAAACGUUGAACGCGACUGAGCCACACUACAUUCGUUGCGUAAAGCCAAAUAAUCUUCUUAAGCCAGGGAUAUUUGAGAACAACGAUGUGUUACAGCAGCUUCGAUGUGGAGGAGUAAUGGAGGCAAUUAGGAUUAGUUGUGCUGGAUAUCCAACUAGAAAGAACUUCGAUGAAUUUGUUCAGCGGUUUAGUAUUUUGGAACCUAAGGUUCUAAAAUCGUGCCCUGAUGAGAUGACUGCGUGCAAGAGGCUUCUAGACAAAGCAAACCUUCAAGAUUAUCAAAUAGGAAAGACAAAAGUUUUUCUGAGAGCGGGUCAAAUGGCAGAACUAGAUGCAUGUCGUGCGGAGGUCCUAGGAAGAUCCGCAAUCGUUAUUCAGAAAAAAGGUCGCACAUAUAUUUGUCAAAAACAGUACAAUUUAUUGCGAUUCUCUGCCAUAGAACUACAAAGGGCUAUUAAAGGACAACUUGCAAGACGUCGGUAUGAAUGCUUGAGAAGGGAUGCCGCAUCUUUGAUAAUUCAGAAACAAAUCCGCAUGUAUCUUUCGAGAAGUGCUUAUAAAACUAAAUAUUCCAAAGCUGUAUGUAUUCAAACUGGCAUGCGAGGAAUGGCUGCUAGAAAUGAACUUCGAUUCAGGAAGCGGACACACGCUGCAACUGUUAUUCAGGGUUACUACAGAUGUUAUUUAGCUCAUACUUAUUUCAAAAGGCUAAAGAAAGCAACAAUUGCAGUGCAGUGCUCCUGGAGGAGAACAAGAGCACGAAGAGAACUUCGAAAGCUUAAAAUGGCGGCUAAGGAAUCCAAGGCCCUAGAAGCCGCGAAACUUAAUCUAGAAAAGCAAGUUGAGGAACUAUCAGAGAUUCUAGAGACGGAGAAGAGAAUGAGGGAAGCCAAGACACAGGAAAAUGAAAAAUUACAAUGUGCUUUGGAAGAGAUGGAGAUUCGGUUCAAAGAAACUAAAGCGGAGCUCACUCAGGAACUCGAGGCUGCAAAGAAAGUAGCUGAGCAAACUCCUACUAUUCUGGAAAAUAAUGCUGCUGAUAAUGAAUUGAUCAAUAAGCUUACUGCGGAAAAUGAAGAACUCAAGGAGCUUGUUAACUCAUUGGAAAAGAAAACUAAACACGAGCUUUCUGAUAAUGUUACCGACAAUGAACUCGUGAAUAAGCUUACUACAGAAAAUGAACAACUCAAGGAGCUAGUUAAUUCAUUGGAAAAGAAAACUAAACAGCAGAUUCCUGCUAAUUUUACAGAAAAUGAAGUGAUUAAUAAGCUUACUACAGAAAAUGAACAACUCCAGGAGCUAGUUAAUUCAUUGGAAAAGAAAACUAAACAGGAGAUUCCUUCUAAUUUUACUGAAAAUGAAGUGAUUAAUAAGCUUACUACAGAAAAUGAACAGCUCAAAGAGCUGGUUAGUUCAUUGGAAAAGAAAACUAAAGAGGAGUUUCCUGCUAGUUUUACCGACAAUGAAGUGAUUAAUAAGCUUAGAGAAGAAAAGGAACAUUUCAAGGACCAAGUUAGUUCAUUGGAAAAGAAAAUUGAUGAGACAGAAAAGAGAUAUGAAGAAAGUAGCACGAUUAGUCAGGAGCGGAUGAAUCAAAUUAUAGAAACAGAAUCAAAGAUGAUUGAGCUAAAGACGAAUAUGCAAAGGCUUGAAGAAAAACUUUCUGAUAUGGAAACCGAGAAUCAAAUUUUCCGGAAGCAAGCGCUGUUGACCUCAUCGUCCAAGAGAAUUACACCUGCAACAAUUCCGCCUUUGGAAAACGGUCAUCCGAUUGCAGUAAAAACACUUGGUUCAGAAGCUGUGAGGAGAUCUCAUAUGGAGAGACAUCAAGAGAGUAUAGAUGCUCUUUUCAAGUGUGUGAUAAAAGAUCUCGGGUUCUCUGAAGGGAAACCUGUUGCGGCAUUUACCCUUUAUAAUUGUUUGCUACAUUGGAAAUCUUUUGAAGCAGAUAAGACAAGUAUAUUUGAUCGUCUUAUUCAGCUGAUCGGUUCUGCAAUAGAGGAUCAGGAUAAUAACAAUUGUAUGGCGUAUUGGCUGUCCAAUACAUCUGCUUUGUUUUUUCACCUUCAACGAUGUUUAAGAGCGCCAGCACGAAAACCACCCACUCCAACAGGGUUUUUUGGGAGGAUGACUCAGGGUUUCCGCUCAUCAAAUAGUCUUUCGAGUAGUUCGUUUGAUGUAGAACAUCAAGUUGAAGCAAAGUAUCCAGCUUUGCUUUUCAAGCAACAGCUUGCAGCUUAUGUGGAAAAGAUAUACGGAAUCGUUCGAGAAAAUAUGAAGAAAGAAUUGUCCCCUCUACUUUCUACUUGCAUAGAGGAGCACAGAACACGAAACGACAACAGCCAACCAGCCGGUUCAUGGCUCAACAUUAUUGAAUGCCUUAAUAAAUUUCUCAAGAUUCUAAAAGAAAAUUAUGUGCCUCCCAUUCUAGUUCAAAAGGUAUUUAAUCAGACUUUUCAAUAUAUCAACGCAGAGAUAUUUAACAGCCUUCUAUUGCAUAAAGAAUGCUGCACAUUCAACAAUGGGGAGUAUAUAAAAUCAGGGUUAGCUGAACUAGAAUUAUGGUGUAUUGAAGUAACGGAAGAGUAUGCUGGCUCGUCUUUGGAUGAACUCAACCAUUCAAAACAAGCAGUUAGAUUCUUGGUUGCUCAAGAGAAGGAUGAAAUAUCCUAUGACGAUCUUACAAACGACAUCUGCCCGGUCUUGAGUUCUCAACAGCUUUAUAGACUAUGUACACUAUCCUCGGAUGAAAAUGAAAACGAGAACACCAAAAGUGUAUCAACAGAUGUAACUACUAGAUUAAAGCUGCUAAUGACAGAUGAUGAUGUAGGUGAUGAUGACAAAUCCUUCUUGUUGGAAGACAAUUCAAGUCUUCCUAUUAUUGUUGAAGAGGUUUCUCAUUCGCAAAAAGACAAGACAAUUCCAAAAGUAACUCCUCCUGCAGAACUACUCGAGAGUGCAGCAUUCCAAUUUUUACAUGAUUAUAGUUAAUCCUCAAUGCAGCUCUGAUUAAUCACCAUGUUGUAAAUCCAUCCACUCCUUUUUUUUUUCUUCAUUUUUUCAGUGGCAUCCAUAUUUGUAUUGGUUAUAUAGUAGCAAAGGGCAGGGUAGUUUCCUAUUUCUUGUUAACAUUUUCUUUUGACAUUUUUCAUUAGAUUAUCUUAUAUGGAUGUUCACUUGAGGCACAAAUCUUUGUAUUAGUGAGAGAAGAAAAGUAACAUUUGUAAAAUGAUAGAAGUUGAUUCCAUAGAUUGUUGUUGA